AAAGAAAUAAAUUUCUUCCUCGAAAUCGGUCAAUAAUUUUAUACCACUGUAUUCGUUAAUUGACACAAAUCAUUAUUAUAAAACCAGGAAUAAUGAAAUCCACCAUGGUCGCCAUAUUACUCGGCCAUAUUUGAUUUCAUGGUCCUGGUCAUCGUCGUCUUCGUCGUCGGACGUGGUCGUAGACGAUUGUCGAACAAAAGACGAACUGUCAGAAUCAAAAAAUUACUUGACGAAGUAAAUAAGAUAACGUGACGUGUUAAAGGUCAAUUAGAAAAGACAAGUGGGAUGUCAUUCACUAAAACAGGCGUUCACCAUUUUAUCGAGAUCUCAAUUAAGGUUCCGAGUUUGUAAUCUUGAGAAUAGGAACAAUCCUAACCUCUCUAUAUCGCUGUUAACAUGGGAAACAUGUGCAAUGAUUGUAUGGCCAGAGUGCCUUAUGCAACUCUUAUAGCAACUAUUAUGUGUUGUUUGGGUGUUGGAAUAUUUUGUGGCACUAUGUACAGAGGUGUUACUAUAUGUUCUCUUAUGAUGGAUCAGGUAUUUCAUUUGAGACUUGGCUGGUUAGAAGCAUUACAAUUGGUUCUUGCUAUAAUAGGAGCUAGCAUGGCUGCUUUAGGCUUCAUGAUUUUAUGCGUUGGUUGUCUUGCAACAGGUGCAACAAGACAUAAAGUAUAUAGAGCAUGGCGAUCUAGAGUAGGAGGUCGAAUUUCAUGUGCUGUUUUCAUGACCAUUACAUACGUAUCGCAAUUGAUCUGGCUUGUUAUAUUUGCAAUUUUAAUUGUAAUCACAUUUCUGUUUACUAUAUUUUGGGGAUUGUGCAGUAAUCCUCGUGUUCAGUCUCUCGAUCAAUGCAUCGAUUUUACUCAAUUCAGUUUUCUAUUUCCAAAUAAUACAAGAACGGAAGACAUGAAAGUUUGCGGAUCUCAAGAAGUCAAACUCUUUUGUAAAGAUUUCGUUCAAAAUGCAGAAGUGAUGUUUAUUUUGGCAACAAUUGCCGCAAUAUUGGCAAUCCUAAGUUUAACGCAUUAUUUAAUGUGUUUGUCUGCCAAUUAUGCGCACAUACGUGAUCAUGAAAAAUUUCAAGAAUUACAAGAAUUACAAUAUCUUCAAGAUCCUGGUGAUCCAGAUUCUCCGCAACCUGGAAUGGGAACUUUAAGCUCUCAUCAUCAUGCUAAAGAUAGAUUCUAGGAUACAGCCCGUGAGAUCUUCGCUAUGAAUCCAUUAUAACGUUGACUGCUUCUAUCCUAUAGAAGCUUAUAAAAAUUCAGAACUGGAUUGACAACAUUAA